UUUCCCUUUUUCCACGUGAAAAGCUCCAGUCAAGAGUCAAUAUGAAUAGAAGAAAAUGGCUAUAAACACACACUCUCUCUCUAUCUCUCUGUCGUCUACACAAUACAAAUCAUGCCCUAACUCUAUUCAGUCCAUCACUAAGAAGAUUGGAAGAUUAUCUGCAGGCCUGUUGAAGAGCAUCCUCAACAAACCAAGACGAUGGCUAAGAAAAAGGUGGUGGUCAAGGUGGACAACAUGAACGGUAAGAAGCUGAAGUUCUGGCUCUGCCCGAAAUUUGGAGCUCAAGAUAAUCGCUCGGAGGCUCUUAAAAUUGCAGCCACUGUCCCAGGGUUCUCAUCGUUGAGUUUGAAAGGAACGGACCGAGAUGUGAUUGAAGUAACCGGGGAUGAAUUUGAUGCAGUCGAGCUCACCACGAAGCUUCGCAAGAACGUGGGUCAUGCGAAGUUGGAGGCGGUGGAGGAAGUCAAGGAGAAGAAAGAAGAGCAAAAGCCCAAGGCAAAGGAGCCCCAGGCAAAGGAGCCGCAGGUUGUCUUUGCACAUCCGCCGACGUACAUCGUAAUGGAAUCCGAACCCGGACCAGCUUGUUGUACUAUCAUGUAAAGCGCUCCCUCCCUCCCUCCCUCCCUCUCCCUCUCCCUCUCUCUCUCUCUCUCUCUCUACGCCAUGCGAUACUUCCCAACAAUUUCCCUACUACCGCUUUCGCUUUCAUUUCGCUUGUAUUUGAGCCUCUGAAUAAUGGUGAGCUUGUUUAAAUUGGUCGUGUUUAUAUUAA